AUGUUGAGCCCGAGCGCCCUGUCCCUCCAGAACGUGUCUGGCUUCGGCGGUUUGCCGAAGACGGGUGACGUUCGCGGUCUCUACUCCAGCACUUCCUUCUACAGGGGACGAGAGAAGCCGUGGUAUCGGAGGCAUCUCCCCCUUCUUGUGUUUGUGACUGCCCUCAUACUGGCCGUGGCUUCCCUGAUGCUGUUCCUCCUGAUGAGAUACUACGCUGCGGCGGCGGCGGCCGGCUCGACGCUUACCCCGCAAUACGCGUGCGCCGAAGAAUACCUUACCGUCGAAUUGAAGUCGCUUGGCGGGGCGGUGCGCGGGCGUUCCACUUACACGGGAGCGGUCCACACGUUCUUCGGCAUCCCGUACGGCGGCGACACAAGCGGCGACAACCGCUUCCGGCUGCCCAAUAACAAGACAAAUAUCGGUGAUUCCCAGACGGUCUUCCACGCUUACCAGCAUGGACCACGGUGCCCGCAAGACAUGGCCUCAUUGCAGAAUUCUAGCGAGGACUGCCUCACCCUCUCAAUCUGGGCCCCAAUAGAGUGCAACAAGUUUGGCUCUGGGUUUGUUGUCCUGGUGGUGCUGUCCUCUGAUUGGUUUCAGACAGGUCACGUCAGAGAGUACGAAACAACGUGGGAGGCUCUGGCGGUCUCCGGCCGCUUGAUCGUUGUCUUCAUCCAUCACCGACUAGGAGUGCUUGGGUUCUUGGACGCAGGAACAAAGGACAGCCCUGGAAACCAAGGCAUCGAGGAUGCAUUUCUAGCCCUUGACUGGAUCAGCGAGAACAUCGACGCGUUCAACGGAGACCCCUCCUCUCUCGUUGGCCUCGGCCAUGGUUCCGGCUCUUACAUUGCGUCUCUGGACUUGUACGCCUCGACAUUGCGCAGGAGACGCUUCUUUAAACGCCUCAUUCUUCUGGGCCUCUUACCGGCGUCCCUGCUGCCUCGAGGUGGACCUGCUUCACUCGGUCCGCUUGCGCAGGGGCUGCAAUGCCUCAAGGACAAGGAUAUCGACGCGAGCGUCACGUGCCUUAGGGGUGUUCCGCUGGCGAAGAUGUACGCGGAGACGGCCAAGGAGGCGCCCCUAACGUUCAUGCCAAGUUGCGGCAAGCCUCCUGUUGGGGACUGCCAGCACGCCUUCUCGGAAUUUCCGCCUGUCUUUCUCCACAAGGAAAUUCUCUGCGGUUAUGACCAGGAGCAAGGGCACAAGCUCCUAGACCACUUUGUGCUGCAAGAGAUGCCCACUUCGAAAGACCCCUCGACAGUGUUUGCCCUGCUGCAGAAAUUUUUCACCCGACAGGAACCGAGGCACACGUUCGGUAGCCUGUCACGCGAUACACAGAAGGCACUCAACCAAUCUGCCCUGCAGGGAUUCAGGGACCUGGUGGUCGAUAUGGUUCUUCGAUGCCCUCUUCUGGGACUUGCCCGUGCAGCAGUACUCAGAGGCUCUCUGGUGUACCUGUACGCAUCGGAAGGGCCAAACAUUGUUUUCGAGCCAGCACUCCCGAAGUCGGACAUCAUCAGUUUUGCCAAAACCGGGAAUGUCAGCUGGCAGCCUUUUUCCGACCACUCUAGGGUUUUGGUGGUGACGAGCUCGUCAAACAUCGUCAUGGAAUGGGGCGAAGAAAUGUGCGCGCUGGCAAACAACCUUUCGCGCACGAUUUUUAGUUGAUGACGUUGCGGGCGUUGCCAAAUGUGAACUACGCUGCGCAGUGACUCCAGCUCGAAGAAAGCUACGCAGAACAGUCCUUACUCAGUGUUUUUAUGUUUCUCGAACGCAACUUUCGUUUUAAUUUGCAUCCUACGCAUUUAUCGUUUGCUAGAAUAAUAUAUGCUGA